UCAUGGUUGUGGGUUAGAUGAGAAUUACCUGCCCAUAGGCGAUGAUCGAGUCGAACAGAUGCAAGAAUAAGAUCGAUCACUGUCGUUGGAACCAAGACGAGGGUCAGAUAUGCUACGACGAUUGUCGACCAAUAUUCUCCCGGAUGAUCUCGCUGUUUUUGAUCCAAAUAAUCCCUGGAUCCAGGUCGAAAGCUGGAGAAGUACGUGAGGCCUGAGGUGAGCAUUUCACGGGAAAGAGGGUGAGUAGGAUGACCCAGGAGAGCACGUGAAUGAUUUCGUUCACCUUCUUCCUCCGCUUUCCCUUCUCAAAUGUUUCUUGUCGGCUUUGGCUGUGACCACUUGUGACCUCAACGAACCGGACCGGGAUUCUCACGACUGCUACUCCUCGAGUCCAGUCAUCAGAACAACGAACGUCGUGGCCCGGACGGGACCUGUGCUGCGCGCCUUGCGCACUCCCAUAACCAUGUCGACACCAACCAAUGGACGCGAUCUGUUUACGAACUUGCCACUCGAGUUGCUCCGCCAAAUUGCAGAGGAGCUUUCAUUCCAAGACCGUGUGAAACUGCGAACAGUUUUCAGCAAAGCCCAGGAAGACAUCGUGGCAGACCUUGUUGGGCCAAUCCUCAAGACCAUCUAUCUCUCGCCCAACGAACAUUCCAUUUGCAAAUUCCAUCGACUCCUUUCGAGCCCCUUCUACAGGCGGCGAGUUCGGACCGUCGUGUACAUACCCAACACUAUUUUCAAGCCUCGUUUGCAUAAAGCUGAAUAUCUAGCUGAAGUCGGUUACGAACACCAUGUCCAGCUCACCUGGGAAGAAGAGGAUCGCAGCUACAGGCUGUACAAGGCCAUGCACAAGGAGCAUACAGAGGGGAGCUUCGCUGUGUUCGCUGAUUACUUCCUGGCACCGGACCUGGCCCAGUUGUCGAGUCUCAGCCAUCUGACAGCGGCGACAGUCGCGAAAGUCGAAGGCCUCAAUGCAAGCAGUCUGUGGUGUAGCGAUACGCAUGUCGAAGCACGAUUGCGGUUAGGACUUUCCGCCUCACGCGAGGGCGCCCCCUUCGAGGCUGCUCAGCGCACGCUGGAGGCAGGGACUUGUCAGAUGCUCGGUGCAGUGUUCUUCGAUGCCGCACAGCGAGCCGAGCUGCGCCCGAACGUGGUCACGCUGGACUACCCAGCGGAUUACUCGCUGAAGGCAGUAUCCGAAGUCCUGACUCCGUUGGUUGUUGGCCCUGGCAGACCUUCGAUCAUGUCCAGCGUAAGGACUCUCGACAUUGGGCUGCGAUGCAUGACAGACGGAUCUCUCUACCGAAAAGAGUGCGCAGACGCAUGGGCAAAUAUCGCGCUGGCUGCAACACAACUGGAAAAGCUGAAGAUGGUCGUCGAGAGAUCCACCCAUAGCUUCUCACUAGCCCCGAGCCCGAGAGCGGUCGACCACUUCCUGCAGAACGAGCGCUAUGAAGAACUUCACACGAUCGAGCUGAACGCUGAAAGCUUCUAUCAGGGACGCAUUAGCGCAACGAAAUUCCUGCAGUGGCUGAAAAAGUAUGCAGGCCGAUCAAAGCUUCGCGAGAUCAAGCUCAACAACAUCCUACUGGUGUCGUACCCGGGCGAAUGUUACGCCAGCGAGGUCGUACUGAUCAACAAAUCGAUAUUUAAGUCGGGGAUUCGAGAUGUGUUGCUCGAGGCGCGCAAACUUGGUCUCCGCUCUUUCGUGAUGAAGAUUGAUCGGGAGCCCAGUUACUCCCUGCCCUGCUCUCCGUUCGCACGCGCGCGUUCUGCGGAUGCGUCGUGGCUCGACGAGCUUGCGGAGGAAAUGCAAGUGCGAAUUGGUGAGGACAGCUGGGACUUCGGCGAGUAUGUGGUGAACAGGCGUUGGAAAGAUGAUGACCUUCGAGUGGAGGAUGCCUGA